CGUUAAGACGGAUGACUUGAAUGACCUUCUGGACGACUUUGAACUGCCACCUCCAUCUCCCCUCAGAUCAGGCAGUGCCACCCUUUCCCAUGAAGAAAGCCCAAAAAGGUGCACCACUCCUCUUAUAGGGGGAACUUCACUGCCAUUAGGGAUGACAACUGUAGCAACCAAAAGGUCUUGUGAUCAGUUACGCUGUAUCAAAUGUGAUUCGCCUGUUAUUUUUUUUGACGGGUUUAUAUGGACUGAAGAUACCGAUUACCUCUUUUUAAGAAACAAUUACCCUGAUCUGGAACGCCUACGAUCCCAUCUCGAUUCACUGCGUGGAGGCCGAGCCUAUGCCUGUCAGUGUUCCUUUCGUUCUGUUGAAGAGCCUCUUAGUUUAGAGGAGGACACAGAGCUUCAAUGGGUUUGCGUUCAUAAAGUUGACGUUCAGAAGCUAAAUUCCGUCCAAGAUGACAUUCCAGCAUUGUCUGGGUGUGCUGUAACUCUGGCUGAAUAGCAUAGGUAAUAUGUAUGGGUGUUUACAUGUUUAAAGAUGUUUAAUGGUCGUACAGUAGUUAGAAUGAUACAGUAUGGUGUGUCUGUAAGGAGGUAAAGCAUUAACGUGAAUUGUGUUCUCCACUUCAUUUGUAGACAUAAGUGUCUUAUGAAUGGUUAGAUUUUACAUACCAUAUGUAUUUUUAUCUGCAUGGUAGAGUAUGUUAUGAAAUUUCAUUUACAUUAGAUUAUUAAUUCUAAGUCUUUCCUAAGUAUGAGGGAUUACUAAUUUUUUUUCUUUUUAUUAGACCUUUUCCUUCCAUUUUCAUUUUACCAUUGGUAGUAUCGUUUUAUUUACCAGUUACUGUGUUAGUUACUGACCACCACAAUUUUUUUCCUUUUCAUUUCUUUCUGUAAUUUUUAUGGGAAUAAGUUUUGUAAUUUGUGUGAAUUAAUAUUCUUGCUUUUAUUUUUCACAGUUUUAGCAUUAAAAACCAUGUGAAUAAGAUCGUUAGAAAUAUUACAAAGCAUCUGCUAAGGGUCUUGAAUAGGGAAGAACGAUAUGGUGAUGUUAUAAUCCAGCAAGAAUUAUUGUUUCUUCCUCAUUCUGGCCAGUUAGAGAAUGUGUAUUCAGUACUAUCUGUGUGGGAACAAACUUUAAUUUGUUAUAGCACUCUAGAGUGAAAUUGUGUUAAAUCACUGGUAUGUAGAAGUGUGAUAAGUGAAUAGUAGAGAAGUGCUGCUGUAAGAAAUAUUUUGCAAUGAACAGUAUUUAAAGAUGCCAUUUGGAGAAUCAACAGGCAUUCUUUUUAUUACUUAGCUCCAAUAUACGCUAAGAUUAUUGCCAGCACAUAAGUUUUCAUUUGGUAUUGAAGACUGCAUAGUAGAUCGUGUAAUAGAAUGUAGAUAAGCUUGGUUACAGGUUACAUAAUGAGAAAGAAACAGCUUUUUGAACUGUUACUCUACCCAAAGUUAUGAUGGACUAGAAAAUUCAUAUACUACUUUACCAUAAUGUUACUGGUGAAGCCAUGUUCAUAUCUACAAAGUUAAAAAUUAUUUAAACUCUGCUCUUAAUUUUAGGGGAAUGUUUUAAAAUCUUAGGAAUGUAAUAACUGUAAACUGCUGGGGAUUUGCCACUUAUUUCUGAGUAAGAAUUAUUUGCAUUGUUCUGCUUGAAGUAGAAGAAAGUGUUUUAGCUUUGAAAGAAAUGGUACUGAUCUCUUCUCAUUCUAUGCCCACAUCAGAAAUCCUAAAGGUCAAAGGGACAGGUGCUCUGUCUAUCGUCAUUAAUAUGAUUUAUUGAUGGAUAUAACUAAUUGUUAUUCUGUUACAAUGAACAGUGAAUUUGAUAACAUGGCUGUAUUUAGUAAGAUGGUACUUAAACAAAUUUGUUGUCAUUUUCAUUGUUAUGGAUUUCAAACCAAAUUCUCCGUUUUCACAUGAAUUAUGUUGAGAAUUUCACAUUGUAUUUGAGAAUUUGGAAAUAGUUUUACAGCCUGUUUGGAAUUAUUGAACUCUAGUAUCAUUGUAGGUUGUUUUUUGUUACAAAUUCUCACAUUGUCACAUUUAAAGAUAUGUAUAUUUAAGAACUUUGAUUGAAUCUUGUUUAAAGUUUCAGUAGAAUUUUCAAUAUACAUUGAAAAUGAAACUUUCAGCCAAUGUUGUUAGUUUUAUGGCAUGUCAAAGAUUAAAUGUGGGUUUACUGUUGAUAAUAUUUAUAUUUAAGAGUUUUGAUAUCUUAUCAAGGUAAAUAAUUUACUGAAUUAACAGGUUAGAAGAGAUUUGAGAAUUUAGCAUUAUACUGAGAUCUCAAAUAAAUUUCCCAUAAAAUACAAGGCCAUAGGGUAAGUUUAAUUCACCACAACCCUAUCAGUGUCUAAUAUUCAUGAUACAAGUGUUCUUGGGUUUAGUCUUUUGUCUGUUUGACAGAUGGUAGUCUUUCUGUGCAUGACUGUCAGGAAGGCACUAUUUGCUCUGUUUACUGUUACCCUGGUGGUUACUUUGCAGGAGGAUCACAUUUCAAUACUUUUUUGUCCUCAUAUUCAUAAUUUAUUUUAGCAUUUUGUCUACUUGCUUUCAUGGACCACUGGUUUCAAAAGGUCAGCUUUACUUGAAAAAUAAUCUUUUCGAUCAUUCUCAGAAGUUAUCUCUUUCAUAGAUUUUGAUUUAUUCCAGUAAGUAUUUUCAUUGCUUGCUGCAUAAAUCCAGUCACAUGUUUUUGGUGAAGGUAUUACCAGUAUACAUUUUAAUGAUGCUGAUAACUAGCUAAUGAGUCAUUAUCUAGUUAGGACUUUAAUGUGAGUUACUUGUCUUAAAUUUUUUCACUCAUUUAAUCUAUAGAUACAAUAGUGCACCAAGAUAAUGGACCAUGGUAUAUCGUACUUAUGGAUGUAUUGGUGCAAAAUGGAUAUGUUGUUUUGAGGUUUUCGCCUCUAGAUCGAGCGCCGAGCUGUUUUUUUUCAAAUUGGGCGCUCUUAGUGGGUACACUACUUGCUUACCAGCAUCCCUUACAUUGUUUUCGACUCUAAAAAUUAUGGUAAAGCUUUUACUCUCUUGCAGUUUAUAAUAGUAUAAGCAGCUGUUUCCCAUGUUAGUUACCGUAACUAACAUACAUUGACGAAGAGUUGCAUUACAGUUGUUUUGUUAAAAACUUGCAUAUUUGCAAUGUGCAGUCAAACCUGUUUUCGUAGACUUUUUUUCUAUAAAAUUUUGUCUCAGUUAUCGUACAUUUCCUCAGUUUUCGUACACUUGGAUAGGUCCUUAAUAUCUGAAAUCCUCCUGAAGGGAGAUUCUCCUUCCAAACAAUAACCUU